GCCCCGUUCUUGGGAUUUCAGUACAAUCGCUAGGUGACCUGCCUCAGAGGCUAUGUUCGUGUCCGAUUUUCGCAAGGAGUUCUACGAUCUGGUCCAGAGCCAGAGAGUUCUUCUCUUCGUGGCUUCGGACGUGGACGCUCUUUGUGCUUGCAAAAUUCUUCAAGCUCUGUUUCAGUGUGAUCAUGUGCAAUACACCCUGGUUCCAGUUUCGGGGUGGCAAGAACUUGAAACUGCAUAUCUUGAACAUAAAGAACAGUUCCGCUAUUUUAUUCUUAUAAACUGUGGAGCUAAUGUAGAUCUACUGGAUAUCCUUCAACCUGACGAAGAUGCUAUAUUCUUUGUGUGUGAUACUCACAGGCCAGUCAACGUUGUGAAUGUAUACAAUGACACCCAGAUCAAAUUGCUCAUUAAACAAGAUGAUGACCUUGAAGUUCCUGCCUAUGACGACCUCUUUAGAGAUGAAGAGGAGGAUGAAGAGCAUUCAGGAAAUGAUAGUGACGAAUCAGAGCCUUCUGAGAAGCGCACACGGUUAGAAGAGGAGCUGGUGGAGCGAACCAUGAAGAGGAGACAGCGGAAAGAGUGGGAGGCCCGGAGACGAGAUAUCCUCUUUGACUACGAGCAGUACGAAUAUCAUGGGACAUCUUCGGCCAUAGUGAUGUUUGACCUGGCAUGGAUGCUGUCCAAGGACCUGAACGACAUGUUGUGGUGGGCCAUCGUUGGACUGACGGAUCAGUGGGUACAAGACAGGAUCACCCAAAUGAAGUAUGUGACUGACGUUGGCAUCCUGCAGCGCCAUGUGUCCCGGCACAACCACAGGAAUGAAGAUGAGGAGAAUACCCUUUCUGUGGACUGCACACGGAUCUCCUUUGAAUAUGACCUUUGCCUGGCUCUCUACCACCAUUGGUCUCUCUAUGAUAGUCUGUGCAAUACCAGCUAUACUGCGGCUAGGUUCAAGCUCUGGUCUGUGCAUGGGCAGAAGCGGCUUCAGGAGUUUCUUGCAGAUAUGGGGCUUCCCCUGAAACAGGUGAAACAGAAGUUUCAGUCCAUGGACAUUUCUCUGAAGGAGAAUUUGCAGGAAAUGAUUGAAGAAUCUGCAAAUAAAUUUGGGAUGAAGGACAUGCGUAUACAGACUUUCAGCAUCCAUUUUGGUUUUAAGCAUAAGUUCCUGGCCAGUGAUGUAGUCUUUGCCACCAUGUCUCUAAUGGAGAGCCCUGAGAAGGAUGGCUCCGGGACGGAUCGCUUCAUACAGGCUCUGGACAGUCUCUCCAGGAAUAACCUGGACAAGCUGUACCUGGGCCUGGAACUUGCCAAAAAGCAACUGCAAGCCACGCAGCAGACCAUUGCCAGCUGCCUCUGCACCAACCUCGUUAUCUCCCAGGGGCCUUUCCUCUACUGCUCACUCAUGGAGGGCACUCCAGAUGUUGUGCUGUUCUCUAAGCCAGUCUCCCUGAGCCUGCUCAGCAGACACCUGCUCAAGUCCUUUGUGUGUUCGACAAAGAACCGACGCUGUAAGCUGCUGCCUCUGGUGAUGGCCGCCCCUCUGAGUGUGGAGCAGGGCACAGUGACCAUGGUGGGCAUUCCCCCGGAGACCGACAGCUCAGACAGAAAGAACUUUUUUGGACGAGCGUUUGAAAAGGCAGCAGAAAGCACCAACUCCCGGACACUGCAUAACCACUUUGACCUCUCAGUAAUUGAGCUGAAAACUGAGGAUCGGAGCAAGUUCCUUGAUGCUCUCGUCUCCCUGCUGUCCUGAGGAAUUUGAUUUUUUCAGAAAUGACUUCCUUCUCCUUAUUUAUAUUACCUGGCUUUUAUUUAGAUUGUAAGUUAUGGACAUUUUCAAAUGCAGUGAUGGCGGUUUUAAUAAAAUAAAAUAAAAUGCUUCUUUUAGUUUCUAUUCCGCUUCCUGGCUCUGGUCUUGAGCCCAGAGCUUGGGUAUAGCCUGAAACUUCCUGGGGUCCAGAGUACCUGUGGUCCUAUGCUCCCAGCAUCCUCUAUGCUGACCAGGAAGCACAGGAUGUGGCCUUCAAUGGCAGUAGAAAGAGACCAAGACCCUUCAGCACCUACUUCUCUUCACAGUCCCUGAACCAACCACUGCCCAGCAGUGCCACACGGGACUUGUUCUGUCUACCUGCCCAUUGCUUCUUUCUGUCCAGCUGGCCUUGACAACAAGAGCUCAGCUGGCUGAACAAGUCCUGCAUGGAGGCAGAGUGUCUCCCAGGCCUUGCCAUUGGCAUCACUCACAUCCUUGUUACAGAAGAUCAAGCUUGUUGGGACUUCAGCAGUCUCCACAGGCCCAGAACAUCAAGAGCUUCCCAGUCAGAGGAGCCUUGGGGUCAGCUGUCCCAGCCCUCCCAGAUGUCCCCUGAGCACCAUGAAUGUGAAGGGUUUGGGGGGUAAGAAGAGUGUGGUUCAUGUUUCCUGCCCUCCCACAUGAGCUGUUCCCAUGAGCCUUCUGUGGCCACAUCCUGGGGACACAAGUGCUGGGGUGGCAGGUGGGUUGGAAAAAAGAUCACCUGUGAGGUGAUCAUGGAUUGCUGAGGAAGGCAUUGUUUGAUGCAGCCCUUGAAGUCAGAAGUGUUCAGGGCAGGUUUAAAUUAGUGGGAAAAGUCCACAAAGAAUGGUUUAGAAGUGAGGCCACACUAGGUAGGUCUGUCCUUGAGGAAGGGCAGUGGGCACAGUGGGGCUGGAGCUGUGUGACUGGCUUGUCACCCCCAUCUUCUUGUGGUGCCAGUUACCAGUUGGAAUUAGCCCCUGCCCUUCCCAGCACAAGUCAGGUGGAUGGUAGCCUGCUCUCCAGGUCCCUCAGGUACCUACUAUGCCCAUUUGGAAAAGCUUUGAGCUGUGUAGCCACCUUGAAUACAGAGCACUUGCAGAGAGGAAUUAUGUGGCAUGAACCCCCAGGGAGCCCCUGGCUACACAUCCUGACCCCUGCACUACCCAACUGCAGAUGUAUCAAGUUUUAUCUGGUCCCACUUAGGUCUUGACUCCAGGAUCACAUAACCUAGACUGGGGCUGUUUUUAGUCCCUGCUGUACAGCCUGAGGUAGGGCUGAG